CCGCCCUCUCUUGUAGCACCGCCCCUUCCGGUGACGUCACAGCUGCCCUUGGCGCGGGGGCUGCUGGGAGCGGCUAUGGCGGGGCGCAUCACAGCCGCUCUCAAAUCCUUUUGGGCGAAGGAACCGGUGCUCGUGGUCAGUGUGGGGAUCGGCGCUCUCGCGCUGGUGUCGCCGUUCAUCAGUCCUUAUACCAAAUACUCGGGAAUGAUCAAUAGAGCCACUCCGUACACCUAUCCCGUGCCGCUGAGGGAUAAUGGGGCGAUGCCGGAUGUCCCCUCUCACCCGUGUGACCCCGAAGGGCCCAACCUGGAAUGGCUCAAAAACCUCUGAAUUCACCCCAAAAUCCACGGGGGGGGCAGGGGGGCACCCAACACCCCCCCCCCCCUUGCACCCCGAUUUUGGGGUUCUGGGGGGGGACGACACACACAGACACCCCAAUGUUUGCUCCCUCUCUCCUUCCCUAAAAUAGAGACAUUUGGGUUUCAAA